UCGAGCGUUUAAUGUGCGCAGGUGCGUACCCUACUUUUUCAAAAAACCAAUCGGGCUGCAGCAUCAACGCAAGACUAAAAAGCUGCCUUAGCGCAUCCCGAAACUGGCGCUCUUUUCUGCGCUGCCACUGUGCUUAAAAUCGAAAGAGGAAAAGAAGGGGACGGCGGAAGGUGAAGAAAACGCAAUGACAGCGGGGUGCCUCUAGCCGUGAAAACAAGGGAAUAAAAACCAGGGAUUAAAAGCACUGUUGUGGCAGCUACAGCGGUCUUCAGCGCUGCAUAACGGUACCGGAGGUUGGUCAUGAUCGGACGCGGAUUCUGGGUAUGUAAGACCAGGCUAGGGAAGAGGGGGAGCAAGCUUGGGAUUGUGUCUUUUUUAUGUGGGACGAUUGCAUGCGCAGCCCUGUCGGCUCUGCUUUUUGUGGACUUUAUUGAAUCAUGGGUCACCUCCAUGGGAAUGAACACCGUGGUAGAACCGCACAUCGGCAUCAUCCCUCCGCAAAGCGUCCCUCCCAACAGACCCGAGGAAUUUUUGCUCAUGCCCAGCCCGCUUGUGUGCCAGCGUGCCAAGCCUUACCUCAUUACAAUGGUCACUUCCGCUCCUGCCAAUCAAAGGGCCCGCCAAGCCAUCAGGGACACCUGGGGAGGAGAGGUGGAGGUGAGAGGUCUGCGGGUUAUGACCCUCUUCAUGGUCGGUGUGGCAUCUGAUCCCGGACUGGCUAAACUGCUGAUAGAAGAGGCUCGGGAGAAGGGAGACCUAAUUCAGGGGCGUUUUUUGGACACGUACUCCAACCUCACCCUGAAGACCCUGUCCAUGCUGGGCUGGACCCGCAGGUUCUGCCCUCAGGCUCACUUCAUGGCCAAAGUGGAUGAUGAUGUCUUGUUCAAUCCUAGCGCUCUCCUACACUUUCUGAACAGAAGCCGUAACCCCUAUGAACAAGGAGACUUGUACCUUGGCAGGGUGCAUCUCCAUGUGGCUCCGGACCGGGACCCGGAGAGCAAGCACUACCUCCCCUCAGGAGCAUAUCCUCCCUCUGUGUUUCCAGACUAUUGCAGUGGCACAGCCUAUGUUCUGUCCCGCUCUGCAUUGCUUAAAAUUUCCCUGGCAGCUUCUGCAUCACCUUUAUCCACACCUCUGCCCCCUGAGGAUGUGUUUGUAGGCCUUUGCGCUCGGGCAGCUGGAGUGCUACCCUCACAUUGCUCUCUCUUCUCCGGUGGACCAGGUGUGCCGUACGGGCGCUGCUGCUAUCAGGCCAUGGUGUCCGUUCACCACAUCCCACCCAGAGACAUGCUGCACUACUGGGCUGAUGUGCAUUCAUCACCACCCUGCUCCUGGCUGAAUCUACGGGCUUCUUUGGGGAUUUGCAAAGUCCGGGCGAUGCUGGGCACAGCUCUGGGGCUGGAGCAAGGACUGUGAGGGUUAACAGAAUGCAAACCUGGACUUACUGGAGGCUGUGCCUCGCUUCAGUACUGUGAACAGCACAAGUGCUCUUCAAGCUGUGAAGCUACACAUGCACUAAAAAGAAAAAAUGCUUUGUUUAAUUUUAUAGCUUUAUUUUUUUAAAUACUUCAAUGUAUUUAUGUGUCUUACUGAAAGGGAAAGAUCAGCUGGUAGUAUAGGGAGCUGUCAGGCGAAUCUGUAACCUUUAGAGUCCUACCGCCUCCUGCAUUAUUAGACACAAACUGUACAUGUAGAGCAGUUUGGCAUGCUGAUACUUAAUAGUGAGCUGCUAAUGUGAUGAAUGCACAUUGAAACAAUGGUUUAGACAUACUACAUCUAAUAUCAAUAGGCUGCUGCUACCUUCAUGUUUAAUACUUGCACAGGCCUACAGUCUGUCACCAAUAUUUCAGUCUAAAUGCAUGUUCACAAAAACUAGAAUUGAUAUAGAAAAAUCACAGACUUCAUACAGAACCACUGCAAUAGGAAGUAAUAAUGAACCCCAACCUGUUCUAUGCUAAAGAAUUUCUGUACUCACUUAUAAUGACUAGAGUAGAUAAAAUGGGAUUCAUGGUGUUAAUCACCCAGAGGGACAUGAUAGUCAUAUGUAAUAGGAAGGAAUAAACAUAACUGGAUACGGUGACUUUUAGACCUCUUCACGAAGGCUUCACAUUACAGUAGAGUUGGAACAGAUUGUACAAUAACUAUUUAAUAUCCUAGCUCAUCAACCAACAAUGCAACUAGUGACCAUAAAACUAAUGUGAUUCACAAUAUUAUUUAUAACAUUUCUCACAAAUUGUGAGAUUACACAUUGAUUGGCAGCUUUGCAGUGAUGUGCAGGUUUUAUGGGCUGCCAUGCCAGGCUGGGAUGACAUACAUUUUCAAUGACGUUGCUAUUUGUCAAUGAAGCCCUGGGCUGUUAUUCUCCCCCACAGCGUUAAAGGAAAAGCUGAUGCAUUGUACUCAGGAAAAAAUGUGCUAUGAAAAUAAAGCAACAAAUAAACCAUUCAUUCAA